UACACAUGCUAGUGAGACGUGUCUGUGUAUUGUGACCAAAGCUUAACGCGUUAGAGGGUGACAGACGUGAUCUUCUUACCUCUUAAACCAGUAUACCCGAGUCUUAUGGUCAGUUGAAAUUACAGAGGCAAGCAAUCAACUUGUACGAGUUGCGAAUUUUGAUUUUUUUCGUCCCKUUGGACGGGAGACGAACGCCGAGUCGACAUCACGUCGUGCUUGCAGAGAAGAAGACAGUGCCUCUGUACUUCCAAACAAAUGAUUUCCUUUCUUUACUGCAAAUUUGAUUAAAACUCGAAGAAAUAAUAAUCUUCUGAGGUGACAAGCUAGCCAUGGUACAUAACAAAUUGGUAGAGACAAGUCUUGCAGGAGGGCUAUCGACUUGUUGUGCAAAGACAACCACAGCCCCACUUGAGCGACUCAAAAUCUUGUUCCAGGCCCAAAACCAACAUUACAAAAAUAUGAGUGUAUUUGGGGCACUCAAGGCCAUUUACAAGAAAGAGGGCACUCUUGGCUACUACAGAGGAAAUGGUGCUAUGAUGGUGAGAGUCUUCCCAUAUGGUGCCAUACAGUUCAUGUCUUAUGAACAAUUCAAGACCAUCUUCUGUGACGUCUUUGAUCAUGGCCACAUAGGCAAGAUGAUUGCUGGUGGACUUGCAGGCAUUACAGCCUGUGCAUUCACGUAUCCUUUAGAUGUUGUAAGGUCAAGACUUGCAUUUCAAGUAGCUGAUGAACAUCGCUAUUGCGGAAUUUGCUCCACCUUGAAACAGAUCUGUUCAACUGAAGGAGGGAUAUGUGCCUUGUAUCGAGGUUUUACUCCUACUGGGCUGUCUAUGAUUCCUGCUGUGGGUCUUGGAUUUUAUGCCUUUGAGUCAUUCAAGGAUUUCUUUGUKUCUCUAAACGGUGCCAUGACCCGAGUUCAUCCAGUCAGUGGAGAUACUGUGCUAACAGCUACUGGUGGUCUUGUCUGUGGAGCKUUGUCUGGAGCAACAUCACAAACUGUUGCGUACCCACUGGAUGUUGUAAGACGACGUAUGCAGCUUGCUGGKUCCUUAGCUGAUGGUCACAAGUACAGAAACUGUAUCAGCACGUUUAUCACAGUCUACACCGAGGAUGGUGUGCGACAUGGACUUUAUCGCGGCCUGUCAAUCAAUUACUUGCGUGUGUGCCCCCAAAUAGCUGUGAUGUUUGCAGUUUAUGAGAUGACUAAGCAGUUUCUUCAUGAUCAUGACAGAUGAAAGAUUUCUAAGGGAGGACAUUAACAUGUCAGUGAGGGACUCAAGUCGAUAGUGAAACUGAGAAAAACUUCUCUAUCAAAUAUGGUGCUUUUGUACCACAGCAAUGGAAACAAUGCUCAAUGUGGCCAUUUAAUCCCUGAGAUGUGCCACAUACCAUCAUCGAAGUUGUUUCUGAACAUUCAGUGGUGGGAAACCACGUCAAACUAUUUAAAUGGAUGCAUUAGAUGCAUAGGCAUUGUUAUCACAUUUUAUAAUGCAUAUGCAAUACUUUAUUAAUUAUUAUUAAUGCAGUUUGCUUUGGAUUCAUUCGUUAAAUCAUUCGCUAUAUUGCAUCAGCUUAAUUAUCAAUUAUGCUUCCGCAGACAGACGUAGGUUAUUGGUAUCAAAGUUUGGGAUAUUGUUGGAUAAAAUCCAAACCCCAUUGUAUAUUUUAUUUGAGGCCAUUAGCCUAUACUUGAAAAUAUCAGUUGAUAAGCCACAUUCUCCAAUUUUAUAAAAUGACAAAGAAAUGAGAUCAAUUAUUAURUUUUGACUACAGUGAACCCUGAACAAUGCAUGAACUCUGGCUCCACUUAAACCUCCCCAUUGUCAUUGUUUCUUGGCACAGAAUUUUAUUCAGAAAUUUUGAUUUAAACAAAACAGAUUUUUUUUUCUAAAGAGGUUUAGUUAUGUAAUAACUAUAGGGUGGAGGGAUUAGUAUCAAGUAAUAAUUAAGGAAUGUUGAUCAGUGCAGAACUGAAGUCUAAAGCUUAAUAUUUUGAUGUACUUAUUAAGUGUGACUAUACUGUUCUACAAAAGAUCAACAUUUUCUAACUGUCUGCUUAUUUUUUUGAAUUGACAAAAUAUUAAAUUUUUAUCAAAAAUUGAUGCAUCAGAUGCAAAGAAUUUAUCAACUGUAAAAAAAUAUUUAUAAAUUUACCAAAGUUCAAUAAAACAGUUCAUUUUA